AUGGAUGCAGCUAAGAGGGUGUUGCGCUACUUGUGCAGUACGUCGGGCAUGGGGCUAGUGCUUGGAGGGCGUGAGCGGCCUGUGCUCACUGGGCACUCAGACGCUUCUUGGGCUGACGACCAGGCUACUCAGAGGUCCUCCAGCUGUGAGGCUGAGAUCUACGCCACGGCCAUGGCUGCCCAGGAGCUUCGCUGGCUCACCUACCUGCUGACUGACCUUGGAGAGCGGCCUCGUUCUCCUCCAGUGCUGUACGUUGACAACAAGGCAACCAUUGCCUUGUGUGAGGAGCACAGACUGGAGCACAGGAAGAAGCACAUUGCUCUGCGCUACUUCCUUGCUCGAGAGCUGCAGCAGCGUGGUCAGCUUCGCCUGCGUUUCGUGGCCACUGAGGCCAACACUGCUGAUGUGUUCACCAAGGCACUUCCGCCUCGUGACCAUCAGCGCUUUUGCACUCUGCUAGGCCUUGUGCCCACUGGGCCUCACUUGCUUACCUCUUGA